GCAGGUAUUGGUAAAACGUUGGGCAAGUGAAACAGCAGUCUACUGAAGCUGCACACACCCGCCACCACCACCCCUUGCUAACAGUGGAACGCCCUAACAACAGUGAAGAAGCGUGAGGGCAUAUCAUUUCACUGCCCUGGCGAUGCUGCCUCAGGAUCGGUCUUAAGCUUUACUUCCGCUAUCCCCUUUCCAGUUCCCCCUAUAACAACAAUGAAUACUACUUUAUAAACGAGCCUUUACUAGACUCACCAUCUAUAUUGCAUGCAGUCAGAGAACUUAUCCCCCUUUAUCCGUGCAAUUUAUCAACAUGGUGAAAUCAAUUCCAUUCCGUGGCAUUACCGUCCCUUCCCCAGGGUUUGGCGCCAUGGGCAUCAGUAUGGGCUGUGGCACCAAUCUCAGUCCCAAGCAGGCCGAACCCGUGCUCCUCAAGGCCAUUGAGCUGGGAUGCACAUUCUGGGACACGGCUGUCGUGUACCGAGCCGGCAUGAACGAGAAGCUGCUCGGCGACUUCAUCCGCAAGCACAACGUCCGAGACAAGGUCUUCAUCGCGUCUAAGUGUGGCUUCGACUGCUUCGGCUCCGGCCAGCUGACGAACUCGGCCAAGCACAUCCGGAAAUACAUCGACGGCACCAUUGACAGACUCGGCUUCGCUCCCGACCUCUACUACCUCCACCGCAUCGACCCGAACACCCCUCUCGAAGAAUCAAUCUCCGCCCUCGACACGAUCCGCAAGGCCGGCAAGACAAAAUACAUUGGCCUCUCCGAAUGCUCCGCCGCAACGCUGCGCAAGGCAAACUCAAUCGCCCGCAUCGACGCCAUCCAAGCCGAAUACUCAGCCUUUGAGACAAUCCACGAAACCGACGGCCUCAUCAGCACCGCACGCGAACUCGACAUCCCCUACAUCGCCUACUCCCCGCUCGGCCACGGCUGGCUCGUCGACAACUUCGCCUACAGCUCGCCAGACGCCUUCGCCGCCGACGACUUCCGCCGCACCCUGCCCAAAUUCCAGGGCCGCAACUUUGAGCAGAACAAGGCUGUCGUGGCGGAGAUGCGGAAGCUGGCGGCGCGGAAAGGGUGUAGUGUGGCGCAGCUGGCGCUUGCCUGGGUGGCUAGUCAGGGGAUGAUUGCGAUUCCGGGGACGACGAAGGUGGGCAGGCUGGAGGAGAAUUGGGCGAGUAGGGAGGUUGACUUGACGCAGGCGGAGGUGGAGGAGAUGAGGGCGGUUGUGGAUAGGGCGAAGACGGUGGGGAAGAGGUUGCCUGAGUGGGCGGAGGCGAUGGUUGGGCACUGAGGAUGGGGGUUGGAGAGGGAUCGUGUUGUUGCUCUGCCUUUGGACGUCGGGGACAUGGGGGCUCUUCUGUUAUGGUGUGUGCUGCUAGGUGCAGUGAGCGAUAAAAGGCCUGAUAUGGGGGCCUGCAAUCUAGUACUAUGACAAUGAACAAUGACUGCAUGUCCGUUCACAACAGAUUCACUCCGUCGUGCUGCACAGCUACUACUGUUCGCACAUAGGUAGUGAAUGCUGUAUUUGUUGUAUCUGUGGAGUAGGUCAUCUCCUACUUAGCUCUCUC